ACUAUCUGAGAGCAUUCUGUGGUCUAAAUAUAACACAACGUUAGGAACAUUCCAUCAACUUGUUUGUUUAUGGAGGCAAAAACAGAAUCUUCUUCCCUAUCUAUGUGAAAGGAAUUUGAAUCUUGAUAAUAAAAGGGAUUGGAAAAUGGCAAACAUACGCUGGUCUAAUGCUCCAAAGAUACCACUCUCAGAGGAGCAUCAGCCUUUUACUGCAAGAACAAUGAAAAAACUGAAUGCUGAGGUCAUUUAUGAAACAGACAGUCCAAGAACUCAUAACCUGAAGUCACUGAGAGCAAAACGUUUGGCUUACUUCUCUCAGGAAAAAAGAUGCUCUGGUUCAUCGAAAAACAAGGCAGCACUUACUUGUGAAAAUGCAAUUUCUGAUGAAAGCUCCAGCCAUCAAGAGAAAAGUUCCACUCAUGUUGCCUCAGUUAUGCCUGUGGUUUUAGAUCGUGCAGUUAAAGAAAACACCUCUUCUGUGUCCAACAUCACUACAACAACCACCAAUUUGCUGCCUUCUGCCACACUAAAUAAUAGUGUGGAGCUCAACUAUGAAGUUCUUGACGACAGAUCUGUUCCAGAAUAUGAAAAGCUAAAGCAUGUUUUAGAGUGGGCUCAACAUUUCAUUAAGGAUCCAGAGUCAAGAGAAAAUGAAGCAACUUUCCCAAAGAGUAGUUUGUGUGAAGUAAAAGAUUCAGAUACUGUUUUUAGAAAAUAUGACCCACAUGAUGUUCUUACAGAUGGGGUAAAGACCCCAACAGCAUUUGUGAUAAAGAACUGCCUUAAUAGCCCCAGAUUUCAUUGUCAGCAAAAUUACAAUGUGCUAAUUACUGAUUCAUAUCCAGACACUUUUGAAAGUGAUAAUAAGGGCAACAAGAAACACGAGUAUUCAUGUACAGAAAGUGAGACAUUGCAUGAUUUUAUGAAUGAUGAGUAUGGCUGCAUUUCUAAAGGUGCUUAUUCUACGUCUUCAAAAAAUGAAGUUUUUGAAGCUGGUAGUCACAAUUUCCUAGAUUGCCAGCAGUAUUCAGCUAAUCCAAGGUGCACAGAUGAAAUGUCUCAUACUGAAUUGUUCAAAAGUACAGAAAAUGGAAAGUUAAAGAACAGCUAUUCUAGUAAUAUAUUUUCUGUUAUAGAAGACAGAGAUAAACGUGACAUACAUGCCACACAUGCUCCCAAAGGCACAUAUUUUUGGCAUCCUCUUGAUGAAGAGUCAGAUGAAGAAUAUCAGUCUCAGUUUAGUAAAUGUAAAACAACUCCCUAUUCAUCAUAUAACAGGGACAGUGCUGAAUCUCCUGAGAAAUUUUAUGGAAGAGGAGAAACAGUACACACCAAAAGUAUGGAGAAUUGGUUAAGAUCAGCAGAUGGACCACAGCAGCAGAUCUCUUACUUGACAGAUAAAAGCUCAAGUCUGAAAAAUCGCUGUUACGCAUGGGAAAUCAAAGAAAACAAGACCAGCACAUCUGACAUGUAUUCCUCAGAUGGCCUUAAUGACAGAAGGUCCUGUGAGGUGACUCAAAGUGGUGGUGGUGGUGGAUAUAUUUUCAACACUACACUUGAAAGAAAGUUAAACACAAUUUCUGGUGUAAAUAGUUCAACUUUAGAAAAUGAAGGAAAACUGGAAGCAGACCUACCAGAAACAAACACUGCGAGAACAUUCACAUUAAGCAGCACAUCACAAGAAAAUGAGAGAGAACACGUUUUCCAAAGAACACCCGUGACUGACUUGUUCAUUGGCCAAAUUCAAGAUUUUAAAAUUAGAGAAGAGCAGGAAGAGUUUUUUCAGAGCUCACAGCAUCAACAUACUAAUAAAAAUAAGAAAUUUGACGCUUAUGGAUUUUGUAACGAAUGCUUCAGUUCAAAUCAUCUUUAUUCUAAGUGGUGUAGUACUUGUGGAUCUGAACUGGUAGAUACUACACCUCAGAUUCUUCAAAGGAAUGACAGAGCGGCAACCCAUUUUAAAUUAGCUGACAUGAAAGAAAGUGUAAAAUCACAAGUAUCGAUUCCCAGUCAGAUAAAGACUGAUUCAGUUGAAUUAAACAAAUGUCAGGAUGUGGCACCCAAUAGCAACUGCAAUUCAGACCAAGAUUCAGUUGUGAGUGUUUACGACAAAUAUCUUCUGUAUACUAAACACCUUGACUUGAUGAGACACCAGAGAAAUGUUGGUAAAUUUGGAUCAUCUUACAAACAACUGCACAAAGAUGUAAAAAGAUGUGGUGAAGAUGAUGACUUCAUGAAAUUCUGGGACCCACAUGCAGAGAAAAAGACAGGAAGCAUAGAACUUUGUGAUUCUGUGAAAGCCAAAAAAUUGCACAAUCACAAUGAUGUAGACUUUGAUUCAGAUACUGAGCUCCAUAUGUCUGAACAACUUUCUUCUCCUGACCCAAGUGAGGUAUGGAAAGAACCAAGUGUUCCUCCUGCUAACCAAGCAUCUAUGUCACACAUUUCAAAACCUCAGAAGAAAGUGCAUAAAUCAACUUUGCAUACUUUCAGGAAAGGCAAUGAAACUGAAAUGGUUACAGAAAACACGCAGACUAGGAGUACUUAUCAAGAUUUGAAGCCUAAAAAAAGUAAAAACAUUCAGACCAGUUUGAUUGGCCGUAAAAGACACUGGGAGAAGUCAAGUACAGCGUGGUCAUCAUAUGUUCAUGGAGAAUUAAAGCAAAGGUCUAACCAUCUAAACAGACCAUUGUCUGCCCAACACUAUAGACGCACAACUAAUGAACACAUUCCUCAGUUAAGGCCUUUUUCAAAAGUUUUUCAAGGUUGUACAUUAACAUUCUUUACAAAAGAGUGCCUACUAGUCAAGAAUGAUUGCACGGAAUUCAACAGUUUAGCUAUACAAGCUAUCAAAAGACCUUCAAGUGCUGGCUCAAAGGAAUCAUCACAUAAAGAAUCUGCUAAUAUUAAACAUUGUAUGAAAAGCUGUGAUACUAUAUGCUAUAAUACAGGACAUCUCUGCACAAACUCAUCAAAGGAUGAAAAACAAUUAACAGAUUUGAAACAAGAUAUUCAAGAUGAUUUAUGGCUUUGCCUCCCUGAUGAGCUCUGGAUUCAUGUAUUUUCUCUUCUGUCUCAUAAAGACCUUUGUCAGACAGCACAAGUUUGUCAUCGCUUCCAACGUCUUGUAGAUGACAGAAUGCUCUGGGAAGUCAUUCACAUUGAAAACUCUGCCUCUUUAAAUGACAAAUUGUUGGCCAAUAUAGGCAGACAUUGUCCACGCAUCCUGUCACUGUAUAGAUGUCAUAAUGAAAUGCAAACAAUUACUGAUAGAGGGCUUGACAAGUUAUUCAAACAAUGUACAGACUCCCUUAAGGAGCUUAAUAUUACCAGCUGCAGUGGACCUGGGUUCAAUGGAGACUCCAUUCUUGUACAUGCCAGCAUGUACUGCCCUCAUAUAACAUCAGUGGACAUCAGUUGGACUGGAGCCACAGACAAAGGCAUCAUGGCACUUAUACAAAGCUGCAAAUGUUUAGAGAAUCUGUCUGUUAAUGGGUGCCAGAUGAAUGAUGAGACCCUCAGCACCCUUGUUAAGAAACAUGGAGCAAGUCUUCACAAGCUUGAAAUAUUUGGAUGUCACACCCUGAGUGAAAGGUCUUUGUGUUUCAUGGCCAAUGAAUGUUCCAACUUGAAAACCUUAAAUAUAGGUAGAAUCCCAAAGCUUACAGAAACGGGUCUGACGAAGAUGAUGGGCUGCUUUAAAAAUCUAACAUCACUUAAUGUGACAGGUCUUAAUGUGAUUAAAGAUUGUGUUGUGCACCACAUUGCAAAACAAUGCCAUAAACUGGAAAAUUUAACUCUUAGUUCCUGCCUUUAUGUAACAGAUGUCAGCCUUGUUGAAAUUGGCACAUAUUUAUCAUCUAUAAGGCACCUUGAUGUAAGUGGCUGUAAAAAAAUAACUGAUACCGGAGUUCAAGCUCUAGCAAUGGGAUGUCACCAGCUUCGAUAUCUGGAUCUAAGCUCCACAGGAACAGGAAAACGAGGAAUUUGCCUACUGGCUAGUUACUGCAGUAGAAAUUUGGAAUGUGUAAAAGUGAGUUUCUGUAAAGACAUAACAGAAGAUGCCAUUAACAAAAUGUGUAAAAACUGUAACAGGUUAAAACUGAUACAUCUUUAUGGCUGCAGAAGUAUUCAGAAUAUAAACAAUAUCCAGCAAGCUAACAGAAAUGUGGAAGUGCAUUCGGAUCUCUCAGUAAACACAUCCCAAGUGAUCCUAAAAUAAACUUGCAAAUACUUUAAUGAAUAUUAAAACAUGUGCAUGCUAUCACUUGGAGUCUGUAAAAGGUAAAUGUUAUUCCUGUGUUGAAAAAAGAAAACAAUGUGAGAAAACAAGAUUGAUUAUCUCCUUAUUUGGGUUUGGAGAUACAGACUUCAUAUUUCCAGUUAGUUAAAGCCAAUUCUAGACAAAGUAUUGGGAUUAAAAUUAGUCAACUAUUAAAAGGUUUCAUGUUUUCCAAUUCAAAUCAAAAGAAUGUAGCAAUAGUAUUUGAAAUAAAAUUAGUCACUCAUCUGCUCUCAUAACACACAGGUUAAUUUUUUAUUGAAAUACUUGAGUCUGAUUCUUCUGUCUCCCAGAUGUAUUUCUUUUAACGUUUUUGCAACAUUCACAUGAUUUGCUAAUUCUAUAGUAGAACUUUUUCAUUUCUUUCCUUUACAGUCUUUUCCAUCUAAAAUGAAAUGUUUUCUCCAUAUUUGUGGACAUUUAGCUCAAUAGCAUUCAGCAGGCAGUGAGUGUUGUAUGCCCUUGUCAUUACUCCAUUGACUGAAAACUGUACACAAUAGUUAGGAUCCUUUGUGUAAUUAUAAGCUUUACAUAUAUCUUUUAAGUCUGAACUUACAGUGACGGCAUCAGGUGUAGGCAGCAGUGCAGCCCUAGAUGAGACACCUGGCACAGU